AUGGCGGAAGAAGGCGCAUUGUAUAAAGUCUCUAUUUUGCUCGACGGUUAUGGUUACACAGAUGAGGAAAACAGAUAUAGAGCUAAUGGAACAAGCACUUUAAUCACUGGGCCUAAUAACAGAAUAAUCGUGGACACGGGAAGCCCAAGGGAUAAACAACGUCUGCUUGAUAAACUGAAACACCUCGGUCAUGCACCAGAAGAAGUAAACUUUGUGGUCUGCACUCACGGCCAUAUAGAUCACGUUGGAAAUUUGAACCUGUUUCCGAACGCUGUCCAAAUGGUGUCUCAUGAUAUAUUGCAAGAGCAGGAUUAUUACGCCGAUCUUCCCGAAAAUUUCGACAAAGGAACACCGUAUUGCAUUGAUGGUGAAACUGUCCAGGUUAUUUCUACUCCAGGACACACGUUCUCAGAUGUAAGUGUUGUGGUAAGAAGCACUGAUUAUGGAACAGUUAUUGUCUGUGGAGAUCUGUUUGAACAUGAAGAUGACGAGAAUGUGUGGGAAGAAUACAGCGAAUGCCCGGAGAAACACAAAGAAAGCAGAGCUAAAGUGUUACAGAUGGCGGACUGGGUUAUACCUGGCCAUGGGAAAAUGUUUAAGGUGAACCAACCGAAACGAUAAAGGGUGAAGAAAGCUAACAAGCGCGGUGGGACGGCGGGGGGGGUAGUUCCUAGUGAUACAAAAUAGAUCAGGGGGGAUGUGCUGCUGGAUAGGGUUGCAUUUUUCAUGGCUAGAUUGACUACAAUAAGGUUGCAUUUUCAAUAGUUACUAGCUUGGGGAUGCAUAUUUUUGGAAUUUUUGGGGUAAGAAAUUAGUGUUCUAUUUCCAGUUUAACAUAUGCAUCAAUUUAUUUUAGGAUUUAUUAGAUUUAAAUGCUUUACAUGGUUUAUGCAUAAACGGAAAAUGACUAGAUUGGGAUUGCAAACAUUGCAAUUUCCAAAAAGUGACUACAGUAAGGUCUAUAAUGGGCCACAGAAUUGACUAUAGUAGGGUAGGGGUUCUGAGAGGCCAGAGGCACAUACCAAGCAAAUUUGACUCAAGUACCCCUCCCCUUCCUCCCACCCCACCCUUCCUGGAGGAAAAUAUGGCUAGCAAGCUUGUGAAAUUGGUGAAAAAAGAGGAUAAAAUCUUAAGGAAUUUAAAGAUAUUAAUAUAAAAGUAACUAACAGUAUUAUGCUUGCCCUGCUUGCUAACUCCUAAGAGGUGCUUUGUGUACACAAGAGUAUACUCGACUUCACUUAGAUGUGUAAGAUGUGCAAACAGCGUUAAUUGUAUGCCAAGCAUACAGGAAGGUGUCAUUUGAAAGAUUUAGUAGACUCUUGGGAUUAACUUGAAAAUAUAUUGUCCACUUGUAUCUAUAAUAAUAAUAAACUAUUGUUAUAACUUAUUGCUAUGUUGCUGAGGCUUCACUGUUUAAAUUUGAGAAGAAAGUAAUAUGUAAUCCUUCCUUCUACAGGCUUCUAAAUAUAGAAUUCUCUUACUUUACACAUGUACUCUACAAAUUUUGAUUUUGUUGUGAGUACCUUUGUAUCAAUUUAGGCUGUUUCAAAUAUCACCUUGUUGUGUUUUAGUCUAAAAUAAAUGAAAUUCAGGUUUGCCAGUGAUGGAAAUAGGGAAAUAAUAAUGACAAAUACAUAACUUGCAAUAUAAGAAAGCUAAUUAAAUGAUAAACUCUCUUCACCUUAGCAGUAUGUAGAAAAUAGGCAAUAGUGAACCAUCAGGGGAGUGAAGAAAUGCCAGGGGUAACCCAAUAUGGACCUGAAAGCAAUAUUUCUGGUUGCCUUUUACAAUUCUUAUGAGGUCAGUUUGGAGAAUAUGCUAUUGGAUCAACUAACAAUCCCAUAAUUGGUAUUAUAAUACAUUAGCCUUACUAUGAAAACUCUGAUUGGUUGAGACCAAACAGUCAACCUACAAUAACAUGUGAAGUCAAUAUGGUAACCCAAUAUUGGUUCAAAGUCUGCCUGGUGUCCAAGCCCCUUGAUCAUGUAGUGUUCUCAAACUGUGCAAACUCAGACAGAAGAAUCUUCUUUUGCAGACUGUUUAAAAAAUGUACAAUAAAACAAUUGUUGAAUUCA